AUGUCUGAUAUCGGUUUACUUUCCACAUGCCAGUUGCUUACCUUCUCCUUAUCUAGAGGUGGUGUAAGGUCGAUAGUUCAACUUACUAUUCUUCAAGAGCUAGAAAUAUCUAUCGGCCUUGAGGUAAAUAUUGUAGACUUCUUUGAUUUAAUCAUUGGAACUAGCGGUGGUGGGAUCGUAGCAGCUGGGCUUGGUAUUAGGAAAUUUGGGGUCCAAAAGUGCAUCGACAAAUUUCAACAAGUUUCUAAGCAAGCAUUUACCAAACGGACAGGUGCGGGCGGUGUGUUUGGGCCAUUAAUCGAGGCACAGCAUCACAGUAGGUACAAAACUACAAAUUUGUCAGAAGCGCUGCAGAAGGCUUUCGGAGAAGACACAAUACUUUUCGGGGGUCAACGCGACCCAACACAUGAGCCAAUAACACGGGUUGGUGUUUCAGCGGCCACUCCCAGCCGCCAUACUUUCCUUCUUUCAAACUAUCAGCGACCUCAAGUUGCUAGUGUUGGCCGUCCUACAUAUACCUUUUAUCGAGGUGAAACAGCGGAGGAGGAACUAAAGGUUUGGGAAGCUCUUCGCGCAACCUCAGCUGCCCCGAGGUAUUUCAAAUCAUUCUACCACAAAGCUUCAGGUUAUACAUUCUAUGAUGGUGCUAUCACAUGUAACAAUCCUAUCUUUCUCGCACAUACUGAGCGUAAAAUACUUUGGCCCGAGCAACAUGAAAGAGAUCCAGACAUUCUACUCUCAAUCGGCACUCUUUGGAGUAACCAAGAUGGAUCUAGUUCAGAAAUUGACAAAGCUAACCCAAAAGGAAAAUUUGGUGUGCGCCAGUAUGUGAAGAACCUGUUUGGUAUCAUGAUGGCCGCUGUUCAUGACGAUUUGGAUUGCGAGAAAACAUGGUCUAGUUUCUACGACAGCCUGAAUAUAUCGGAAGGGGAUGGACAUCGAAAGAAAAAGUAUUGGCGAAUUAAUCCUAAAAUUCCCAACACACCACCCGCCCUGGAUUCGGUAUCCAGUAUGGACGACCUACAGGACAUCGCCCGGAAAUAUUGCUCAACAUCUCCGGAGAUCAAAAAUGUCGCCUCAACACUCAUAGCCUCCCUCUUCUACUUUCAGAUGAAAAGUGCCUCGAAAAUCACUCUAUCAGGAUUCCAGACGUGUGAAGGUAAGGGAUAG